CCCGGAUGAAGGGGAAUUAACUUACUGCGACGAUUGCUACUGCUUUCCGACGUGCCUGCCGGUCCCGAUGCUCUUGCCGGUGCCCGGGUGUGGCUGCUGCGUUUUGGGCGACUUCCACGACAACAUCUAUUAUGCGAGAAGCGGCGACGGAAAGCACGGGGAACAGUCACCAGUCCAACUUGGCGAGAUGAUGCUCAUCGACGACGAGCGCGGCACCCUCGCAUACUAUCAAUACGCCUGCUGCGGCGGCGGCAAGCUGCGCAAGUACCCCUGCGUCACCUGCAGCCGCGUUGCUGAGCCGCUGCCUUGCCACCCGCCGCCAGCCAUGUCACCCGAAAUGCUUGAAAGAUAUGGCGGUUCCUGUUGAAGCCUGUUGAAGGCGCACCGAGCAACUUCAGCUGCAGUCGUUCUAUUGCAUGUCGUGGACCUGUCAGCGGCAAGGAGUUGGAGUGUUGCCGCAGCGUAGUGCACACGGACCGCGGAGCCAAGUUGACGGUACUGGUUCGGCGGGCCGCCCUGCUGGUGGGCAGCGAAAAAGGG